GGUCCUCUAUUUUGCAAGCAGGGAUAUCUGAAGUCGAUCCUCUUCCUUCAUUCGUCAGAAUUCCGGAAAACAUCAACGAUUACAUUUGCAGUGUCAUUCUCGAUGAAAUCUCGAAUGUGGCUACAUCUAAAACUUCCUAAUUCAAUAUUGCCUGAAGUUUGAGAUUGAUGUCCAUAGAUUAUCUAGACUUUUGAUGCAGGAACACGUCUGCUGUGUUACUCGAUUAUCGCCUCACUAAUCAUGCAAGCUGAUGCAACUUUGCAAUAUUCUUCCACACCCAUGAAAUCGCACCUAUGCAGCAAUGUCCGAAUAUGUCUAAAUCACCUUUGGGAGGUGACAUGAGAGACUGUUUGAUGAUAUCAAUUCUCAGUCGCUAUCAGCCCUCGGACAAUUGCUAUUUGCUGGCCUUUCAAGUUGUUGAAGCAAUCUAUCACUCAUGGAGAGAUCACUUGGAUCGAGAACGCCAAUUACAAUAAUAAGCGCUUGGAAGCCCACCACUUCGGAAAACUCUUAAACUUUAUAUAUGUGUGGACUAAUUCAGACCGAACUUGCUAUCUACACGAGUUUUAACUUUCUCCAAGCAUCUUUACCAAAUUGCAUUUUGACCAUCUUCUCCUGCCUGAAAUAGACAUGGCAAUAGACAUGGCAAUUCCAGAACUGCCUCGGGAUUGUGGAAAGCGAUUAAUUGCUCAUUAUAUACAUCAAACUGCAAUCGAUGAGCCUCAUCGAGUAUGCAUUUCUAGGCCCUUGACUUCCGAACCACAUGAUGGAUUCGAGGACAUCACAUUCAGUCAAUUAGACAAAGCCAUAGAUGUCGCGUCAAACUGGGUUGAAAAGCACGCUGGCAUUGGCGAAAAUUUUGACUGCAUUGCCUAUAUCGGUCCCCAUGAUCUGCGGUAUAUACUCCUCAUGAUAGCGGCGAUCAAAACUGGACACAAGCUUUUUGUGCCAUCGCCACGGAAUAGCCUAGAAGCACAUACCAAACUAUUACAAGAUUACAGAUGCAAGAAUUUCCUAUUUGCAAAGGAUUCCUCGAUAUCUCAGAAGAUUGUUAAUGACAUUCAAACGAAAGUUGACCUUCAAACCAUAGCUGUUCCCACCCUGAAUUAUUUCUUUCAUCCUGGGUUUGAUGUGCCUCACUAUAAGUAUACCGCAACAUAUGAAGAGGCAAGAUUUCAACCGCUCGUUGCAAUGCAUACAUCUGGAACUACAGGAACACCUAAGACUAUCGUUAUGCCACAAGGUGUUAUUACAGGUCUAGAUGCCUCUCAAAUGGCUACUUUUCUUUAUGGUACUGCUACAACAUCUGAUUAUUUCCGAGGUUUACGGUGCUUUUUCGCAUUUCCACUAUUUCAUGCCGCGGGCGUCUGCAGAAUUAUGACUGCUCUAUACUUCAAGCAGAUAGCGGUGCUUCCACCGCCUAUACCAUUGACUGCAGAGAUAGCAAAUGAGGUUCAUAUACACGGUAAAGUGCAGGUCUCGGAUCUCCCUCCUGCCGUGUUGGUGGAAAUAUCGAAGACCGCUGAGUAUUUGAAGAACCUUCGUCCUGUCAAAUAUAUCAUGACUGGAGGUGGCCCAUUGCCUAAUGGCCCUGGAGAUAUCAUCAAUUCACACACACGGCUCUUUGCGGGGUUUGGAUCAACAGAGACAGGACACAUUCAAGCGGCUUUACCCCCAAAAGAAAAUUGGGAUUACUUUGACUUUUCUACAUCAUUUGGUGCUGUAAUGAAACAUCACUCGGGUGAACUCUAUGAGCUUGUGAUCGUGCGUGAUCCAUCUAUAGAAGCUUACCAGGGUAUUUUCUAUACGUUUCCAGAUCUCUCAGAAUACAAAUCGCGGGAUUUAUUCUCGAGACACCCUAGCAAAAAUAACCUCUGGCGACAUGAAGGUCGUUCUGAUGAUAUUAUCGUCUAUUCUACAGGAGAGAAGUUCAAUCCAACUAGCAUGGAAAAUGUUUUGAACUCUCAUCCUGGAGUCAAGUCAGCCAUAGUCCAUGGUACGAAGAAAUUUCAGUCGUCCUUACUGAUUGAACCAACCAACCCCGAGAGCUCCAAGGAUGACCUGUUAGAUGAAUUAUGGCCAGCAAUAAAGGCUGCAAACAUUAGUUGCCCCGCACAUGCGCGAAUAAUGAGCAAGGACCUCGUCGCCUUCACUAGACCCGACAAACCAUUUCCCAGAGCUGGGAAAGGUACCAUACAACGAAAGCAAGCUGAAAAACUAUAUGAGACAGAGCUUAAUAGUCUUUAUGACACAAAAACCGAUGGACAUGGAACGAAAAACGAAAAUACAAACGGGAACAAUUCUGCGAAUAAGGGGGCGAGCUGUGCCGAACAAGAUAUCAUCAUCCAAGCUAUCUCGGGUAUACAAGGACUCGAGAACUUAUCUCCCUCUGAUAACUUCUUUGAGCAGGGGCUAGACUCGCUGGGCGUGAUAUCUAUAGCGAGGGCGGUGAAUUUGGCAUUCCAAUCACAAAACCCUCCACGAAAUUCAAUGCCCACGUCAAUGAUAUACGCAUAUCCAAGUCUAGAGAAACUAUCAUACGCUCUAUCAAGUACUGUCAAAGACGAAAAUGAUUUUGAUGAAAUGCAAGCAGAGUACGAUCGGUUCACCUUUGAUCUACCUAUUAUUGCUAGACCAUCGACACCAGUCACUGGGCCUAAAGUAUUCUUAUUGACCGGGUCUACUGGAUCAUUGGGUUCAUAUAUUCUAAGCAAUAUACUUCAACAGGACAAGUCGUGCAAGGUUUAUUGCCUUAAUAGAGGCGAAGGUUCCGAGAAGCGUCAGCUUAACUCUAACUCGUCUAAGGGCCUUCCGAUAAACUUUAGCCGCGUCCGAUUUCUGGGCAUGGCAGCUGAUACUACGGAACCAUGGCUAGGUAUUGAGCUUGUCCAGUAUAAGGAGCUGCUCAAUAAAGUAACGCACAUAAUUCACAAUGCUUGGCAUGUUGACUUCAACAUGUCUCUCAGCCAAAUGGGUGCAACACAUCUUCAUCGUGUUCGUCAGCUUAUUGACUUCUCUGCUCAUUCAAGAUUCGGUGCUUCUAUUCACUUCAUCUCUAGUAUUAGCACUGUUGGCAACUGGGAUGUGAUUGGAUCGAACACGCCCAGCUCUUCUGGCUCUUCCACGCCAUCGCAGUUGGAAGCGGAGCUAAUAAUGACGAAGCUCCGUGUCCCUGAGAUUCCUUACGAGAAUUGGUCGCUUCCACAAGGCUUAGGUUAUGGCCAAUCAAAAUUUAUUGCCGAACGGCUGUUUACUACUGCAUGCAAGGUUGCCAAUAUUCCUGCUUCGAUCUAUCGAGUGGGUCAAAUUGCCGGUCCGAAAAGCAGCAAAGGAAAGUGGAACGAACAAGAAUGGUUUCCCUUGAUUUUGAAGUCUUCAACGUAUUUGAAAGUUCUACCUUCAUCGUUAGGGCCACUGGAAGCUGUUGACUGGAUCCCCGUUGAUAUACUUGGGAAAGUCGUUUACGAACUUGCAACAUCUUCUAACCAUGAUACCCUGAGCUUGGAUUCGGCAAUUAACUCGUCUUCUGUGUCACCCAGAUUCUACCACCUCGUGAACCCAAAGCGAACAACAUAUUCAGAUGCUAUUCUUCCUCGACUACAAUCUAUUCUUGACCUUCCUACUAUUCCCUUCGAAGAAUGGGUACAGCGUCUAUGUGAUAGUGCAGCGAGCACACAGGAUAUGAGUAUAAAUGAUAACCCAGCAGUAAAAAUACUUGGAUUUUAUAAGGAUUUGGUCGAGAAAGAAAAGAAAGGCAGGACACAAGUCUGGCUUGAUACGGAGAAGGCUGUCGAGGGAAGCCCAACCUUGAAGGGUAUGGAUAUGAUCGAUGAAGAUUGUGUAAACAACUGGAUGAGGCAAUGGGGAUACAUUCGCAACGAGCAUGGAGAAUAGAACGAGGAAACUUCUCUCAUAAGAUGUUUAGACAUUCAACAUUUGUAUUUUCUUAUUGAUAAAAUGACCGAAUAAAUCGAUCAAUAAAAAAAGGAAUUGCUAUACACCAGGCGGAAUGCA